CAAACACACAACUAAGAAUUAAGCUUUACUUCUCACUUCCCUUUCCAAACAACAGUCCUCUCUGUUCAAACUGCGUACACUGUGUACCUCAAAGGAGCGAAAGGAAGUAGAUUAAUAGAGCCUUGACCUGAGAUAUCUGCCAUCCUAUGUUAUUCAGUGAUUGUUUGGUCACCUGGUCCAUAUGCCAUUCACAGUCCCACACUGCCUAUACUACAGUAUGUUGCACUUGUAGUUGGAGGAGCUUGUGUGUUUUGAUGCUCCAGCCACAUAUUGGAUGACAAUGUUAUUCUGUCUGUUCAGUUUAUCUCGUCUGCCUGUUACGCUAAUGUUCUGCUGAACAUUCAGUUUGGGUCAGCCUGGUGGCAUUGAGUUUUACCCUCCAGCUGCUAGUGUUCCAAUAGCAAACAUUGAUCUUGUGAAUGGUUUCUCUGUAAACUUCCAAGCAACACCCUCAACUGUCCAUACACUCAAUACACUGAAUCAACAGAGAGAGGUAGAGAGAAACAGGGUGAGAGGGGCAGAGAGGGAAAGAGCAGCUACCAGGAAUAUCAGGACUUAAGGCUGCAUGAGUUACAGCUCAGCACAGCUCAGCGAAUGAGUUACUGUUAUGCAAGCGCUCAGUCAGCCCAGCUGGAGAUCAGAGUGAGAGAGAGAGAGCGAGAGAGAGAGAGAGCAAGCAGCGAACCGAGUGAGCACUGAGAGCACGGCUGAACGAGCUGAGGGAAGGCUGGAGAGAAAACAACGGCAAGUGAGCAGAGAGCAAGCAGAUUACAGCUGGAUCUACCGUACAUGCACAUAUGAACGCACACACCCGCUCACUCCCUCUCUUUCUCUGUCAUACCUCCAGCAUCAUGAGCCGCAGCACAGAGGGGAUUUUCCUCUCUCCGCCAAGGGAGUGAAGGGAGAAAAAGAAGAGGACAGACAAGAGGAAAAGAGUGUGAAGAAGCUGGAGAAGAGAAGAGGAGAGGAAGAGGAGGACAGCAGGAAAACAGAAGGGAAAACAAGAAGAAGAAGAAGAAGAAGCAACAAACUUUCCCCCUGAAGGAUCUUCCUCAUAUUGAGACUCCUGAGCAUGAUGCUGUGAAUCCUUCCUCCCUUUUUUCCUCUUCCUCUCACAGAGCUCUUCUUCAUUACCUGGCCCCAUGUUUCCAAAAGUGGGACCCACAGCUCAAAGCACAGGCAGCCACCUCUGGGUGCUGCUGAGCCCCUUGCUGUGUGUCUUGGUCCUGGCUAGAGGCUCCACAUUGAGCCCCGAAAGCUUGCAGAGCACCGCUGCCACGUCGCUGCCGGAGGACUGGACCGUCACAACGAUUCAGCUGCAGCCGGACCUGCAGACUGAAACCCAGACACUGACAGAAGCACAGACAGAGGCUCAGACAGAGACACAAACUCCCUCAGCCACCAGCAACUAUACAGGUCUGUCCUGUACCCCUGUCCUGCCACCACGUCGGGGUUCCUUCUAUGUGGAGAGCGGCACAGGUGUGUCAGUCGGCAGCAUCUUGGCGUUCUGGUGCCGUGAGGGAUACCAGCUGGUUGGCAGCGACAAAAUCUACUGUAAUGUCAGGAAUGGCAAACCGCAGUGGAGCAACUACCUGCCUGUAUGUGAAGCGAUCCCCAGGCCAGAGGACCGUGGACUGAGAGUGGCUGUGUUGGCUUCAGUGGUGAGUGGCAUCGUCAUCCUCACCAUGUCCCUGUCCUUCCUCAUCUGCUGUCUGCAGGAACGAUCCAGCCGGGACAGAGCCAAAAAAGAGGGACGGAGCAGACGCAGAGAAAAGCGCUCAGCCCGUCGCAGUGAAUGUUGGCUGGAGAGAGAAGAGGGUGAGUGGGAAGCCUUCCCUCCUCCCAAGAUCUUCCAUCUCUCCCAGAGGAUGAACCCCCGUCUGGCACCGGACAGCCCGCUCUACCUGACUGGAGGCCUCAGUGGGUAUGAGAACAGAGGAUACCAGAGGAGUCAGGAGAGUUUGCUGAAGGCCUCUCUGCCCGGCCUCUACCGUUCCGAAUCUCAGCUUUACCCGCAUGUCGUCCUGCAGAGGGUCCCGACCCCGACAGCGCCCUCCGCCCCUUCUGCCCCUUCCGCUCCAUCCGCCCCUCUCUACCUCCAUCUCCCCUCUACCUCUGCCGCCUCCUCACCCACCCACACAGCCACCCACACUCAGCCUCACAUCAUGGCGCAGUACCCUACCCCGACGUACCCGCCUAACCCCAACACAGCUGUGCCCGCCUACCCUCACCCAACCCCGGCUCCAAUCUACCCCAACCCUAACCCAACACCACAGCGGCCGUGGCAGUAGCUCCGCCUUCCACUUUCUAUAAGAAUGAAAGGAAAACAAAUCAAGUUGGGGCAACAUCUGAAGAUGUACGGGGUGUUGUGCCAUCAUUGCUGAAGAUGUUGAAGGAGAGAGAAAGCGUCACUUUUCAGCUUGGAUGUGACAUCUACAGGCACAUUUUGGAGACACGUGAAGUCUUUUUACUGUUUCAUGUCCUUUUCUCCCACACAAGACUGCAAAUGUGAUGCUCCAAAGCAAACAUGAAGGAUAAGAGUAGAAAUGGAGAUGCAGCCCGCAUAGUAGCUCCCCCUCUUACUGCAUGCUUGCUGGACUUCUCCUGCAACUUGGACUCAACAGGAACUGAACACCUUAGAUUUCUUGUCCCUCGAUGCUUCCUGAACUGCUACCGCACUUUCUACAAGAGUAGAUCUUAUUUUCUUUUAGCCGUCAGAAAUUAUAAGAGAGCUUCAAGUAGCCUGUCGUAAAGGGAACACUAGAAGGUUUAUUUUAAAACGUACUAAUUCAGUUCAACCGUUGACACUCAUGAAAGAAUAACCUUUACUGAGGGACUUCAACAAUGGCCGCCGGUGUUUAGGCAGCUCAAACCUCUAAACAAUGUUGAUUUUUUAAUAGUUUAUUGUUUAGAAAAUGAUCUCUAUCAACCUUCCCUCCCUAUCAAGUCCACAGAAAUCUAAUCUAGACCAAAAUAAAACAACAAAUAUAUGUAUAUUUUUGCUUUAAAGCUAAAGAUUUAACUUAAACUCCUGAAAUCUCACCAAAGCCAUGGGUGAUGUAAUCAAAGGUUUUGGGUCACUUUACAGCUCUGUUAAUAUGUCCUGGUAUUUUCCAACACUGUGUGGGGAAACAUGGAUUGGCGACAGGGAUUUGUGGGUAGCAAGCACACUGUGAUUAAAAUUCUGUUGUUGCUGCAACUGCUGAACGGAGCCAGUUUUGUGCUGUUUGUAUGGACUCAAUAAUGCAGUGAGUGUUUUAAGUUGAUCCUUAUUUCUCACCAAAAUUGUUAAUGAACUGUCUCUGUUUGGUUUUCCUCUGACUGCACUGCCGUAACUCAGUCUGUCACAUAAUUUAUAACAAAAGCUUGUUUUAUGGUUGGCAGUUUUACUGGUAAAAUAUGUUGGCAGAGUCAUUUAGGGCUCCAGAUGGGUUUUAGGAACAUGAUUGAAUAGAAUACACAGACCUUCAGACAAUGUCAGAUCAGUUAUUAAUCAGAGAAAAUUCUGCUUUAUUGAUUUUUAUUUUUAAAAGGCUAGUGUGUGAUAUGACACAGGUUCUCUUCAGUAUGUGAGUUAUAACAAGAGAUGAAGGUUUGUCAGAUACACUGUGAGAGUGCUGCUUUGUCCUUGAUGCAGGGGGAACUGCACUGAAAUGUAAAGUUUGAGAAGGGCCAAUAAACUCUAAUUCACUUGAAUUCUCUAAAGCUCCGCUGCAGUUCUGCAGCUUUGCAUAUUGUUUCUAAUUUCAUUUUUUAAUGAAUAAUUAAUCUUAUACUUUCAUUAUUCCCUUGGUCUGCUGUACGUACCUGCAUUUUGAAAUCAUAAACUCUGCAAGAGCCCCUUUACUGUUGCUUUUUUAGUGAGUUUAACCUCUAGCUGCUUUUUUUAUUUGUAAUAGGAGUACUCUAGUAGACACAUUAACAAAUCUGCACUUUACACUUUUUUGAAGGGGGGUGUGUAUCCGGGGGUAAACGGCUUGGACUGGACAGUCAUACUGUAAACUGAUG